AUGCGCGGUGUCGCGCGUCGGAAAAGGGGAUGGCGUGGUCGGGACGAAGGCGGGGUGAGAACAGGGACUGAGCGCCGCGGAGAUAAGCAGCGGAGGCGUGAGAGGGAUGAGAAUAUAAUGCUCAGGGAGUCAGGCAGCGGGUCAGAAGGUCCGGGCCAUGAUCCCGCGAUGAUAAGCCGAAGUGGUCCAGGGAUGUCGGGGGCGAUCGGUCGAUAUGGGAAAACCGCAGUGGAAGCCGAGCGCACGCGUAAGGAACAGAUCGCGGAGGCAGAUUACAUCGCAUCGGCCCUUGGGUGUGCUGAUCGGGUGAGGGAGAGGCAGUCGAAGUGGGUGGGAAGGGGGGAAUCAACAGACGGAAGAGAGGGAGAAGGUGAAGUGCAAACAAAGAGGGGAGUGGGUGGAGCAGGGAUCAACACUAUACGGCAGUACCUCGUCGUCAGUGUCCAACCGACUCCGUAUGAUGGUCGUCGGACUCUGAUCUCCUAG